GGUAAAACCCAGUCAGUGGCCAUUUUGUUUUAAAAUGGUGCGGUUGUUUUGCUUUCUUGCGUUCUUGGCUGUUGCCUAUGGUCGCCAUGAAUUAUACGAAGGACACCAGCUCUUCAAAAUCUCUGGACCCGCUCCUGAGAUCCAGAUCCUUGAUGGCAAGCUCGACCUUCUAUCCACGAGGGUCCAAGUAGAAGGCAGGCUCCAGGCUCUGGUGAGACUGUCCCCUGAAGUGAGGGCAUCAUGGCUACAGUACUUCGAGGAGAGAGAAAUCUCGUAUAAUAUGGUGGUCGAGAAUUUGGCUGAAGCUUUUCGCCAAGAAGAUGCCCAGGUGCAAGCAGCCAAAGCUGCCGCUGCAGCCAAAAGGACCGACAGGACCAUCGGAUGGGAUACUUACUACAGACAUCAGGAGAUCAACAACCAUUUGGACGAGCUAGCAUCACGAUACUCUAACGUGCUGACGGUCGUCAAUGGCGGACAGAGCUACGAAGGGCGACAGAUUAAAGUCGUCAGGAUUUCCACUACCGGUUUUCAGGACACAACCAAGCCAGUAAUCAUCAUCGAUGCCAUGGUCCACUCCCGCGAGUGGGUGACGACCCCCGUGGCGCUGUACAUCAUCAACCAGCUGGUGGUGGACACGGUGGAUCGACAGCUGAUCGAGGAUAUCGACUGGGUCAUCAUUCCAGUGGCCAAUCCUGAUGGUUACGAGUAUACGCAUGAAACUGACCGUCUUUGGCGCAAAACGCGCUCCCGAAACCACACAGGCUCCGACCAAUGUCCCGGAAUAGAUGGAAAUCGAAACUUCGACCACUACUGGGGCACCGUAGCUGCGAAUGCUGAACCCUGCUCCAUCAUCUACGAGGGUCCAGAGGCGUUCUCUGAAUCUGAGAUCAGACUGAUCAGGGAUGUGGUGCAGGAGAAUAUCGGCAGGGCCGCCAUGUAUAUAUCGCUGCAUAGCUACGGGAACAUGUUUCUGUAUGCUUGGGGAAAUAAUGGCAGUGUCCCUGACAACGGUGACGACCUUCAACACAUGGGCGACACGAUGGCGACCGCCAUAGACGCUCUCGCGUUGAACAAGUCUACUCCUUACGUGGUUGGCAACGCUGCUCAGGUCCUAUACUUCACAACCGGCACAUCCCGAGACUGGACUCGUGCAGCCGGAGUCCCCAUCACCUACACCCUGGAGUUGCCAGGCUACGAAUACAAUUUCGAAGUACCCCCAACCUACGUUGACCAGGUUGUCAAGGAAACCUGGGCCGGUAUAGUGGCCGGGGCACAUUUGGUUAGGUCAGCAGGUUUUUCAGUGUUUGUGAGACUUGAAGUGAUGAUAAUCGCCCUUGGAUUGGUUUUAUGGAACUCGAGAAUAUAAGUUUUCAUUAUUA